AGGUGUGGAAACGGGAGUCACCGGGCUUAGUUUCUUUGUUGUUUUUUGAGGUUUCCUUUUUCGUUCGAUAAGCUCCCUCGGGGCUCUAAGUUAUUGGGAGCCAUUCCAAAAGCCUGACUCCCCGUUCCCUAGGCAACGGUCCUGGAGAAUCCCUGUUUCUCCAGGACGGGGUGAGAUCACCUGCUCCGAUGAGCACCGAGGCGGCCUGGCAGGGAAUGAGCUCAUCGCAUUAGCUAACGGAGACGAGGCGAUGCUCCCGGAGGCCCCGGGCGAGCACUGUAGCCGCCGUGCCCUCUCCGGGAGCGGCCGGCGCCCCUCUGGGCGCCGGACCCGCCGCUGGGCGACCUCUGGGGCAAUCGAGAAUUCCCAAUCCUUGGUUGCCAGCCCUCCUCCCACCCCCUCCCCGCUCCUGGGCGCGCACCCAAUAAAUCAAGAUAGCCGAAAACAUCAAAACCGGCGUGCGUGGCGCUCUCGGGGGUGACCGGCCUUUGCCCGUCCGUCUGCUGGUAGCCACGCUCACCGGGACGACGCCCGCUCCGGGGUUCGGCCCUCGGUUCCGGCCGGCGCCAAGGCAAUCAUGGCGGCCCCCCAGGUGGAGGGAGGAGCGGCGUCGGGCGAGGUGAUGGUCGACUCAAAAUCCUUCCACAGCUCACAGGGGAAGGUGCCCGGGAAGCAGUUCCUGGGGUCCUCAGCCUCGCUGGACGACAGGUACAGGAUGGAUUACCCAAACAUGGGGAUAUGUUUAAUCAUCAACAACAAGAACUUCCACCCAGACACAAGAAUGGGCUGUCGGUCCGGCACAGACGUGGACGCCGCCAGCCUCAGAGACACUUUCAAGAAGCUGAAAUACGAAGUCAGGUGUAAAAACGACCUGAAAAGGCGUGAGAUUCUGGAGUUACUCACCUCCGUUGCCCACGAGGACCACAGCAAGAGGAGCAGUUUUGUGUGUGUGCUGCUAAGCCACGGGGAAGAAGGAGUGAUUUUCGGGACCGACGGCUCUCUGGAGCUGAAGAGCUUAGCGAGCCUCUUCCGAGGGGACAACUGCCGAAGUCUGGUGGGGAAGCCCAAACUCUUCAUCGUCCAGGCCUGUCGGGGCACCGAGUUGGACAGCGGCGUCGAGGCGGACAGCUCCAGCGCAGACGACGGAUCGGAGCAGAAAAUCCCCGUCGAGGCCGACUUCCUGUACGCGUAUUCUACGGCCCCCGGCUACUAUUCUUGGCGUAACUCCAUGAACGGCUCCUGGUUCAUCCAGGCGCUGUGCGCGAUGCUCAAGCAACACGCUCACACCCUGGAGCUCCUCCACAUCCUCACCCGCGUGAACCGGAAGGUGGCCACCGAGUUCGAGUCGUAUUCCCUGGACGCCACGUUCAACGCAAAGAAGCAGAUUCCGUGCAUCGUGUCCAUGCUCACCAAGGAGCUCUACUUUCCUUACUGACCCCCGUCGUCCCCCCGGGGCUCAGGAGGCAGGGGCGGGGAUGACUGCUGCUGCGUCCCUUUGCUACUAAAUUCUGGGCCUCCCCUCCUCUCUCCCCUUCUCCCCUUCAUCUCCCCCCAAGAGUACCCUGACACGAGCGAUAGAACCACCCUGUAGCUACCUCACGGACGCGAUGUCUGGCAGUCGAAAACCUCACCCGUCGGGACCGGUUGGAGCGUAGAAAGGAAACGGCUCGGGGCCUGAGGACGAUCCCAUCGUCCCCGCUUCUCAUCCGCCGGUCUAGAGCCGAGCCCCGUCUGUGGUACAGAGUCGGGAAUUGUUUUCAAGGAAUUUUGGAAGGAUGAGGAGGCGCGGGCUUUUCUGCCUUUUAAAGUCGUGGAACCGGUUUAUUAAAACGGGGUCGGGGUUGGCGUUUACCGGGAAGUCUCGCUGCCGGACGGAUGGUGCUGACAGAGGCCAGAGGGCUGGCUUCCCCCGACUGGCUUUGGGAGCUGUUUGGGAGGAAUCGGGUCACUUAACCGGAUGCCGUUUUCAGACCGGGCGGCCCGCGGAGCGUUCUUCUAGGGUCUGGGAUCCGGUUGAUGUCGGCGUCGGGUAAAGAACGGAAAUUGCGUCUGGUAGCAAAUGAAUGUCAGCUGCCCAUCAUCAGGCAGCCUAGGUGGAGUUGCCCUGAGUUGGCCCUCUAUCAAUCAAUUGAUCGGUCGUAUCUUUUGAGUGCUUACUGGGUGCAGACAGAGUUGACUUUAAGCUCAUCGUGGGCGGGUAACGCGUCUACCAACUCUAUCGUGCUCUCCCCAGGGCUUAGGAUAGUGCUCUGUACCCAAUAACCGUGCGGUAGAGAUGAUUGGUCAGUUGCAGAGCACUGUAGUAAGCGCUUGGGAGAGCUCAGUGCUUGGCACCGCCCGGCCGUGCAGUUCAGGAGGAUGGGCGCUGUGUAGGAUGGGUUGAGGGGCCGGGGGCGGGCUAGCAGAAAACCUAAGGAUGACCCUCAGAAAGGUCACCGUCCGGAGCAGAUUAGCCAGGCAACCAGCCGGAAAAUAGCCGCCGGCCCUCGGGGUUUGCAGUGGAGAUAAGGGGAAUCUCUUGGGUCCAGGAGCCCUGUGGCCUCCUACCUCGGCCAACAGGCCUCAACCCACACAUGCUCCCAGCGAGCGGAGAGAAGGGCUCGGGUCGUGGCCUCGGAAUAGCUCAGGUGCUUCGAGCGAGACCGCAGACGGUUCCCUCUUCAAGCCUCAGACCCGAGGGAGAAACCCGGAAAGUGCCUCCGACGCUCACAGCCCCGGGCCCCGGGUAAGAUUUUAAAAUAACUUUCAAGGGAGGGUUAUUCACAGCCACCAGAAACAAAAAGACGCCCCUCGCACCCCUUCCCCCUGGAAGGGAUACCUCCGGUUUAUCCUGGAGCUUCCCGUCACGGAUCACCCACUCGCGUCGGCCCUGCCAUUUAUUGAGCGCCGGCCCCGUGCUAAGCACUGUGCUGUACGCCGGGGUGCAGACCGCCCCGACCGGUGGGACACGGUCCCCGUUGCUCUAGGUGAGCGAUCUGGAGAGAAAACAACUCCGCCUUUGAAGUCAGGAAAGGGUUUCCAGCCUAGCGACCUCCAAAUGAAUCCAAUUUAAACGUCAACGGGUAACUGAGGAAAAAUCCCAAGGUUUAUUAUCGUGAUCCCUUGUUGUCUUGGUUUUUUUUUACAGUGAAAAUGAUCCAUCUCCCUAUUGUAUGUCUUAAAGAUAAAAUAAACUUACAACGGAAGUUUAA